CGUCUGUAAUGCUUCAGUCGCAGUCUAGAGACAGUUUAGUUUUCGGUGUGCCCUUCAGCUGUGAAGACGAAAAGUGAUCAACUGUUACAUAAUGUGAAUUAAGAACCAAAGAAUACGUGAUUGAAGAGCUCAUUCUAAACAUUUAUCACACGGCUGUAAAUGCGUCGAAACAAUGAACUCCCUAAUUAAAUUCGCACAUCCAAUAAGAAAACCUUGGAGGCUGUAUAGUACCGGAAAUGAAGGUUUAGCUCAAACAGCAAGAGUUGUCAUUGCUGGCGCCGGGUUGUUAGGCAAUUCUGUAGCCUAUCAUCUCACUGAGAAUGGAUGGACCAACGUGGUAGUACUAGAUCAACACAUAAUUGGCAGCGGCACGUCCGACUUUGGGUCUGGUACGAUAGGCUUGUUCAAGCCUACACCUGAACGAAACAUCAUCAAGGAGAGCCUUAAAUUGUACGAAGACCUGCAGAAUGCUGGCCACCAGAUCGGUUUGAAAAAGUGCGGAGGUAUUAAUUUGGCGCAGACACACGACAGAGUUAUUGCAUUGAAGAGAAGAAUUGCGUAUAAUCGCCCCACUGGUCUGUUCUGUGAAUUCAUCGAUGCAGAACACGUGAAGAAACUACACCCACUAGUGAACGUGGACGACAUCCAGGGAGCGGUAUACGUACCAGAUGAUUGCGUUGCUGAUCCCGCAAGUGUCCUGCAAGUUCUUGCAAACCUUGCGAAACAGAAAGGAGUUAAAUAUUUCGAAGGAUGCGAAGUCACACAUGUCAAUACAAAAGGAGGUCGUGUUCAUAGCGUUGAAACUGACAUAGGAACUAUACAAUGUGAAUACUUUAUAAACUGCAGUGGGAUGUGGGCACGUGAGCUUGGGUUGAAAUGUAAAAGACCGGUUUGUAUUCCUGCAUACCCUGCGCAGCACUUUUACGGUCUUACCACGAACCUAAAUCUGCCAGCAAAACAUCUUCUACCGUGUAUACGGGACUACGAUGCCCAUCUCUAUGCAAGACAAAUUGAUGGAGAAAUGUUAGUUGGAUGGUUCGAAAAAGAAGCUAAGCCAGCGUUCGAAAGUAUCAAAGAUAUCCCUAAAGAAUGGAAAUCUCAUCUAGAUCAAAACAUGACCAAUCACUGUAGUCCGUUAUGGGAAAAAGCUGUUGAUAGAAUACCGUUACUGAGUAACAUGGCUCAACCGCAGCUAACAAAUAGUCCAGAUACGUUCACUCCAGAUGGCAGGUGGAUAUUUGGCGAAGCUGCCGAAGUGAAGAAUUACUUCGUGGCCUGUGGAAUGAAUGGUAAUCCACUGCAAGGUUCAGGUGGUAUCGGUAAGGCUUUGGCCGAAUGGAUUGUUUCUGGAACGCCGACAAUCGAAAUGUUACCGUUCAACAUUCAGCGGUUUCUACAUCUGCACAAUAACCGUCAAUACCUACAGCAACGAAUCAAAGAAGUUGUUGGUCGUCAGUAUGCCAUACUUUAUCCCAACCAGAGCGAGUACAAAUAUUCACGGAAGCUGAGAUGCUCCCCUUUGUACAGCGUCUUGGAGCAGAGAGGAGCUGUAUUCGGAACUAAAAUGGCUUAUGAAAGAGCACUGUACUUCGAUACGGAUUACAUACGAGGAGGCCAAUUACCCACUAUGCCAGCCGGAAGCUUUUACAAACCGAAAUUCUUCAAUUUUAUGGAAAAGGAAUACAUAGCCUGUGCACAGCAUGUCGGCAUCAUCGAUAUUUCAUCUUUCUCUAAAAUCGAAAUCAAACCGGGAGUCCAUAACGACGGUGACAAGAAUAAUGUUCUGGAUUACCUCCAAAAGAUGUGCGCCAAUGAUGUGGAUAUCGAAACGUCUCAUAUUGUUCACACGGGCAUGCUAAACGAACGAGGAGGCUACGAGAAUGAUUGCAUGCUGAUCCGACAAAACGUGGAUCAUUUCUUCAUGAUCUCACCAUCUUCCCAACAGACCAGAAUAUACGAAUGGAUGUCACGAAAUUUACCGAAAGAUGCCAGUGUCAAACUGAAUGAUGUAACGUCCAUGUAUACUGUUCUGAAUGUCGUUGGUCCCAAGUCGACGCAACUGAUGAGUGAAUUGUCUAAUUCCAACGUAAAGUUACAGCCUUUCACGUAUCGCAAGCUGAAUAUCGGCUAUGCUAGCGAUGUAAUGAUCAUGACCUUUACGCAUACCGGUAUGCCAGGUUAUUGUUUGUAUAUUCCCUCCGAAUAUGCAUUACACGUUUACGACCGCCUGAUGACUGUUGGCCACGACUAUGGCGUACGAGAUGUAGGAACGUUAACUCAAAGAUUUUUGAGAAUCGAUAAAUUCAUACCAUUCUGGGGUGAUGAGCUGACGAGUAUGACCACUCCCUUCGAAGCUGGCGUUUUCUACUCGGUACGACUGGAUAUUUCGCAAUUAAAGAAAAAGGAAAAUUUUCUUGGAAGAGCGGCCCUUGAGCGGCAGAAGCGCGAUGGACUGACGAAAAGGCUUGUGUUGUUCCACGUGGAAGACAUCGAUAUAGACAAGGACGUGUGGCCUUGGGGAGGCGAACCCAUCUACAGGAACAACGAGUUUUGCGGAACAGUCACUUCGGCUGGCUACGGAUUUGCGUCCCAAAAAUUGAUAUGCCUCGGAUACAUCAGCCGUCCUUCGAGCAACGAGUCCAGCGUGAUUACUACCGAGUUUAUCAUGGAUAAAAGUGCUGUGUAUCACAUCGAUAUUGCCGGGGGAAAAUUCCGUCUCACCCAACAUAUACACCCGAAGGCAACUUCCACCAAAUCCAUGGAGGAAAGUGACUUGCGCAGAACAUAUCGACCGACGGUAGUCAAGUUCAAAAAACAAUUUCAAGUCUGAAUGUGAUGUGCACCAACAUUGAAAAAUAAAAUUUUCUAGUCUAUAUUUAUAGUACAAAAUUAAA